CGUGGAAUCCAUCCCUCGUUCAGCUAGUGACAAUAGGAACUAAUGAUCGACCAAAACCAUCUCCGUCAGCUUGCAGCGGGGGGUUUCAUGGAAGUAGAAAGCGACGUCAAUGGUGUUUGGAAUGCGGCUAUUCACCAGUCAUAUCCCACUGCGAAUGUGGAAUAUGUCGUCGCUCCAGAAGUACGCAUCGACGAUCAAAAUCGCUUGGACCUUCUCGUGCGCUCCUUCACCUACAGUGCUGGAGGGAACCCCACUGCGAAGCCUGUCCUCCUCUUCGAAGGUAAAGGUAGCAGUGGGGACAGCUGGGAGCGCCUCGAGUCCCAGUUAUCCGGCUAUCUGAACAGGCCGGGCUUCCUGACACCGACCCAGAAAUGCUGGGCUCUCGGCGGCCGUGGGAAAGAUAUGAAGCUUUGGCGAUUUCACAAGGCGAACGCAGAGUUUCAGAAGCUUCUGCCGUGGAAGGUGGAAAGGGGUGCUGCUAAGGAAGUGCCCAGGGAGAGAGCUCCUCCUCCGUACUCUGUAGUGGACAACUACGACGAAGUGAGGAUCUUGCUAGAUUACAUUCAUAACCACCCGGAUCCCAACUUUUAAAGCCUGAGGAGUACUGCUUGUCAAACAAUGAAUUGUACUUGUAUUAUCGCACAAAUGCCUUAUGAGAUAAACUUCAAGGA